UAAGAACUGCAGUCCGAGGCCCCGCCCACCCUCAGUCACGGCAAAAUGGCGACGGAAAACUGUGAUGCUGUGAACACGGAGCCUGACAUGGAACUGCUUAGCGACGAGGAACUGGAAAGAGAAGCGGAGGGCUUCAAAGAGCAAGGCAAUGCUUUUUAUGUGAAAAAGGAUUAUGCUGAGGCUUUCAACUAUUACACCAAGGCUAUUGAUAUGUGUCCAAGAAAUCCAAGUUACUAUGGAAACCGGGCGGCAACACUAAUGAUGCUGUGUCGGUACAGAGAGGCUUUAGAGGACGCUCAGCAAGCGGUGCGGCUAGACGGCAACUUUGUCAAGGGGCAUCUGCGGGAGGGCAAAUGCCACCUGUCCCUGGGCAAUGCGAUGGCUGCCCGACGUUGUUUCCAGAAGGUUUUAGAGCUGGAGCUGGAAAACGGUCAGGCCCAGCAGGAGGUGAAGAAUGCUGAAUCCAUUCUGGAGUAUGAGAGAAUGGCAGAAAUUGGUUUUGAGAAAAGAGACUUCAGAAUGGUUGUCUUUUGCAUGGAUCGUGCCUUAGAGUCAGCCCCAGCUUGUCACAAGUUCAAGAUACUGAAAGCCGAGUGUUUAGCCCUGCUGGGACGAUACCCAGAGGCCCAGUCAGUGGCCAGUGACAUUCUGCGAAUGGACUCCACGAAUGCAGACGCUCUGUAUGUGCGUGGCCUUUGCCUGUACUAUGAGGACUGCAUCGAUAAAGCCGUCCAGUUCUUCGUCCAGGCCCUGCGCAUGGCUCCCGAUCACGAUAAAGCUCGCCUAGCAUGCAGAGAUGCCAAAGCACUAAAAGCCAAGAAGGAGGAAGGGAACAAGGCGUUUAAAGAUGGAAACUUUGAAGCAGCCUAUGAGCUUUACUCUGAGGCAUUAACAAUAGACCCCAACAACAUCAAGACUAACGCAAAGCUGUACUGUAACAGAGCCACUGUGGGAUCUAAGCUGAAGAAACUAGAUCAGGCCAUUGAAGACUGCACAAAGGCCAUCAAACUGGAUGAGACCUACAUCAAGGCCUAUUUAAGGAGAGCACAGUGCUACAUGGACACAGAGCUGUAUGAAGAGGCAGUGAGAGACUACGAGAAGGUUUACCAGACAGAAAAGACAAAAGAACACAAGCAUCUUUUGAAAACUGCUCAGCUGGAGUUGAAGAAGAGCAAGCGGAAAGAUUACUACAAAAUACUCGGCGUGGAAAAGAACGCCACAGAGGAUGAGAUCAAAAAAGCCUACCGCAAACGGGCGCUGUUACACCACCCAGAUCGCCACAGCGGAGCCAGCCCAGAGCUGCAAAAGGAAGAGGAGAAAAAGUUUAAAGAAGUGGGGGAGGCUUUCAGCGUGCUUUCCGACCCUAAGAAGAAAUCUCGCUACGACAGCGGGCAGGAUCUUGAGGAUGACGGCAUGAACAUGGGAGAUUUUGACGCUAACAACAUUUUCAAGGCUUUUUUUGGAGGCCCAGGAGGUUUUAGUUUUGAAGCAUCUGGACCUGGAAAUUUCUUCUUCCAGUUUGGUUAAUUGGAGAACACGUCAACCUAUAUCUUUACUGAAUCAGGACUUUUCGGCAGUGUCGACCCAUCAGCUCCACAUCGGUUUUGACUUACUGACUGCUCUCCAGAUUCCCGUCUAUGCCAUCCGCUGAAUGCAACCCAGCGACCACAUGCAGCCAUUGAUUUAUAGCCCGUUCCAGCAACGGCAUCAGUGGGUUAUGAGCGUUGCUGGUUUCGGAUUCAGCGUUCCCCGUUCCAGAACCACUUGGAAAAUCAGUGGUGGCUAGAAAGCACUGGCCCAAACCUCACCUCUGGAUUUCUAUGAUGAAGGAGAGGUCCUGCAGCUAUUUUAUCCCAGCUUUUACAGAUCCGUUCAAAAGUGCCAUCUUAGGGAAACUCUUUGAGAUGUGACUGCAAAUUUAGAAAGCUUUUAUUUUGCAGAGUGUUCUGCGCGUGAAAGGUAGACACUUGAUCGAUGCUUUCUGAAAAAGAAAUCAUGGAUCUUGUAGGCGUCUGUCACACAUCCAGUGGGGGCUUUGAAUUUGAAUGAGAACUGCCUCUAUAGCCUAUAGGAUCGCUGGAUUCUGUUUGAAUUCAGAGAACAGCUGGACCUCUAGGACCCCCCCCCCCCCCCCCACACACACACACACACACACACAAAAAGCACAGCCACUACACACUAUGACGAUGGAAACAUCUGCGCCAGCGUUGAUGCCAGCAAAGUCCUCCACUAGUUUUUUCUUUGUUGCCAUUCACUAAUUGCUGCAAUGUACAUGUUGCUGGAAUGUAAAGUGUUGAGUUGUAAUGUCAGGUAAUCCUUUCUUUUUUUCACUUUUUAUUUUUUAUUUUCUUAUGUAUAUUUAUUGUCAUUUUGAUUUCUGAUCAACAAAAGGCAUCGGAUACACGCACUCCUCUGCUGCAUAAGAAGCUUCAAAAACGCCAUUUAUUUCUGCUUGAAAACAAAGCAACACAGUUGUGCUAAAGUGGGUGAUGCUGCCUGACUGUGAUGAUGCCAUCAAUGGGAUUUGACAAAGUGGUUCAAUAAUGUGAGGUUUUUUUUUUAAGCUGCUGUCUCUGAAAUUUUGGCCCAGUGGUUACUGUAACCAUAAAAUAUUACCUCUUGUUGAAGAAAUGAAGAGUGUCCUUAUCUUUACUUAGGUUUUGCCCUCUCUGGUGAAACAACCAAAUCCUCACCUGUGAAUAAAACCAGCUGUGUCAAUAAAGUUGGCCUUCUCCGGG